GUUGACGUGUUUCUCUCUUCGACCGCCGUCCCACGUCUUGCUCGAAACGUCUUCUCGUCACGCGUGAGCAUCUGCUAUGAGUCAACUUCUCGGAGCUCCUGCUCCUCCUCUUUCCCGGCUAGUCCAAUUCUGAAAAAUACGCAAAUAUGCCGCCGCCCGAGUUGCCUAGUGCCGCACCCGCGCUCGUGCAUUCUGUACCGCAUCCUUUCUACAUAAAAGACCAUGCAGGCUUUUCCCCCGACGCCCUCCCCACUUUCUUCUUAAGCCCCUCGCGAAGCGUUCUGUACUAUCCACCCGCAUACGCAUCACCCACAUACGCAUCACCCCGAUACGCACCGCCCGCAUACGCAUCACCCACAGUGCAAAUCGCCAUGCCGAGCACCACCAAGCGUGUUCACUUCGACCUCCCCACCGCGACGCCGUCGCCUUCCUUCUCCGACACCUCGCUGCCCUCGUCCGCGGGCCCGAACACGCCGCCGCAGUUCGCGCAGUCGCCUCUGUACCCCGUGCAACAGUUCCUCGACUCCCCCGCUUCCUUCGCCUCCGUCCCGUACGCGUCUGCCCACGUCCGCAUCCACCCCGCGCUCGUCACCCCCAAUGCCGCGCUCAUCUGGGACAUGGUCCAGCACCCCGCUGCGGCAUACGACCCGAGCACCGCCCAGCCCCUCCCACCCGCGCUCCUCGCCGCGCCCGCGACGCAACCCCCACUGCCCUCGCUCACCAUCAUCUGCGACCUCCUCCCAUGGUCGAUCACCGUCACGCCCGCGCCCGCGUCCGCACUCUCUCCGCGCCCGCAGUGCAUCACCGUCGGCGACGUCCUCGGCACCGUCUACCGCACGCUCCGCCUCGCCGUCUCCGACGUCGAGCUCAACUACCUCCCGCACGAGGUCCGCGAGCGCGUGCACGCUGCGUACCACACGCGCUGCCGCAUCGCCCCCGACGAGCGCACGCGCAUGAUCGAGAAGAGCAAGGGCGUCAAGCGGGUGGACUUCUUGAUGGAGGCGCGGAGGUUUGUUGGGCUCGCGAUCGUCAUGGGCGGCCCGCCGCUCAAGGGCAAAGGUCUCGGCGAGGUCUGGUCGCUGCAGGUCGCACUCGCGUGAGCGACCGUCAUCAACUUAUUCAUUAUUAAUAAUCAUUAUGCACUCCACCGACGAGCACUCCCGCCGAUACGCGCGUCGCCACUUCAGGCGAUCGCGCGGACUGUGUCUUUAUUCCUACGCUAUUCGAUCCCCGUCUCCUUAGGUUCCUGGUGUUACGUGUGUUGUAUCCCCCUCCCCGUUCUAUACCCUCGUAGAUCUCUCUUCCCUACCUGUAUUGCCCAGUCUGAUUUGUAGUGUGUAAUAGCCAACCUCCCAACCCAUGCCAUGUAACAUGUCGUUCAUACGUAUGCAUACUGUACUACCUGUAUAGGCUUUCGAUAAAAGCUAUAUAUGCCUUCACCACUGUGUCGUGGGUCCCUGGAUCGAUUAUGUCAUUACAGUAGACCCCAAAUGUAACGUUACGUCAUCACUUUCUUGAUUGGACGCGUCGUGCCCGC